AUGUCGUUCACAUUCAAUGCGUUAAUGUGGAAAAGCAUCCAAAUCAGGAAAUGUUACUGGAAGACCACCGCGAUCGAGUUGUUGAUGCCCAUCGUGCUGUUCGCAUUUCUGUUUAGCGUUCACAAGUACAGCUCCAACAUUCAGUCCUCGUCGACGACGUUCGUCAACGAAUCUAUCAUCGGGCCUACGCCCGAAUCCAUGUUGCCUUUGUCCAGAAAUUCUUACAUAGUCUACACGCCUCCGGUGGAAGCGACGCAUGCAAUCAUGGACUUGGUGGAGGAAAAGCUCCAGUUAAACAAGGGAAUCGAAUUCACCGGCAGCGAAGAGGAGAUGAUCGUCAUGCUCAGAGAUCACUUCGACAACCGACGCCGAGCCGAAGACGGCACGUUGGGCUUCGGACUGGUUUUCGCCAAGCACACCAACAAAGGUGACUUUAAGUACGAGUACACGAUCCGACCCACGGACUCGGCGCCCACCAAGCAGCUGUAUCCGACCACCGAGAUGCCGGGUCCCAUGAACAACCAGGAAACGUACGCCAAGGGUUUCCUGGCCCUUCAGCUGGCUGUGGACAAGGCUUUGGUCGAAAUCAGCGUGUCGGAUGCGGCCAACAAAGAACUGAACAACUACCGGCUGAACAUCGGCCCGUAUCCGUACAAGAAGUUAGCGAUGAGCACCACCACGUUCAAUCAAAAGAUUUUCCGCUGGCUGAUGGAGCUGAUGACGUUUAUAAGUUUUCUCAUCACUAGUCUCAACACCAUCAGGUGGGUAACCGAAGAGAAGAGCUCGGGAGCCAACGAGUUCUUGAAAGUGAUGGGCCUCGAGCCGAACACCAUACGCAUCGGCUGGCUACUGCACAACGUCCUCGGCAUGUGCCUGCCCAUAACGUGCAUCACGUGGUACUGCUGUUACGCGCAGACCAUGGACAAAACGAAAAUAUUCAACUACACGAGUCCCCCGCUAUUCUGGGCGUUUCUUAUGAUGUACCUGAUAGCCGUAUCGUUUUACUCGUUUGCAGUCAGCACCUUCUUUUACAGGCCGUCGUUGGCUAUGUUUUUCGGCGUGGUCCUGUGGUGCAUCAUGUUCGGUGUCACCUGGUGGAUCCCGAAAAUCUGUUACGGCCUUAGAUUAUCCGCGAUGCUGCUGCCCACCGUGGCCAUGUCUAACGGGUACUUGGUCAUCACUUCCAUGGAAAUCCAGGGCCGGGGAGUCCGCAUGUCCAACCUAUCCUCUACGGGCCGCGGCGACGUCGAGUUCUCAUUCGGUUUCGUCAUGUUCAUGUUGUUCUUUGACUCGAUAGUACUUGGAGUCAUCGCCUGGUAUGUGGAAGCCAUCAGACCGGGCAAGUACGGCAUCGCCAAACCGCUGAACUUCCCAUGCGUAAAGUCCGAUGCCGUGAGAGAUUCCAACAUUGACGAAACGACAACGGACACGUCGCAGCCGAACAAACCGACCACAGGAAAGAGGGACAAACUGUUCGAAAAAGUACCGGACAGUUGGGAAUUGGGCAUGAGCGCCCGAAGUGUGCACAAACGCUUCGGCAAGAUCGAAGUCGUCAGCGGAGUGGACUUGGAACUUUACAAAGGGAAAAUCACCGCUCUGCUGGGACACAACGGAUCCGGCAAGACCACUACCAUGUUAAUCAUGACCGGACAGUUGUCGCCUAAUCGCGGAGUGAUCCAAGCAAACGGCACGAACAUCAACCGAAAUUUGCCGAAAUUUAGAAAGAACAUUGGAGUGUGCCCGCAAAGGAAUCUGUUGUUACCGUAUUUGUCGAUCAUUGAUCAUUUGGUGUUUUACGGAAUGCUGAAAGGAAUGCCUAAAGAAGACGCCAUAGUCAAAGGCCAUGAGAUGCUAGAUAAAUUUAAAAUCACCAACAACCCAAACGAAGUAGUCAGACACCUUUCGGACGGUGUCAAGAGGAAAUUGUCCGUGGCCAUAGCUUUAAUAGGCGAUCCCCAGAUCAUUAUACUCGACGAACCCACGACUGGUAUGGAUCCCGAAUCACGGCGAUUGGUAUGGGACAUGCUCUUGACAAUCCGAACAACCAAAACGAUUCUGAUCACCACGCACUACAUGGAAGAGGCCGAUUUGCUGGGCGACAGAAUCGCCAUAAUGGAUAACGGCAAGAUAAAAUGUUGCGGUUCGGCGAUAUUUUUGAAAAACGCUUAUGGUACCGGAUAUUACUUGACAGUUUUAAAACGAAAAACGUGCGACACCAACGAUAAACUAAUCGAAGACGUCAAAAGAAUCGUGCCGGAAGCGGAAGUGAUAAACUCUUUUGGCUCCAAAGUGGUUUUCAACUUGCCCAAGGAAAGUUCCAAAGAUUUUACCGCGCUGCUCCGGACGCUGGAACAAAAAAAGGAAGAAUAUUGUAUCAUCAGCAUGGGAGUAUCUUCGACGACCAUGGAAGACGUUUAUCUGAGUUCAUAUUCGAAGCGGAAAAGUAUAGACGGAGAGUCGUCGAUAUCGACAAACGAGAGCGUCGAACAGAUGACAGAAAAAAAACCUCUGGACAAAUUCCAUAUGUGUUUAAACCAAUUCGUGGUGAUGAUGAUAAAAAAAAUGCUUUACACCAAAAGGAGAUGGCUGUUACUAUUGUGUUUUGGUUUUUUGACCGUGAUUUUGUGCGUUUUAUCUGUACUGAUGAACUAUAUUAUAUUGGACACUAAACCGCCGUACCCGUUGAAGAUGGAACUGAAGAAUUACCGAGAAAGCCUCGUCCACUUCCGGCGAUUGGGCAACACCACCGAACACAAUCUUAUAUCCCGAUUUCUAGGCAUUUCUAAGCAACACCAAGCGAAAGAAUUCGAUAUCUUGACCCAAACAAACUUGACCUCCGAUCUUCUGAUUUUCUGCCAAAAAAAUGAAUUCAAGUACAGAACGAAUCUCAUACUGGCCGGCGAAUUUGAGGACUACAACACUACCAUUUUGUACAACACUAUAAGUUACCACGCUUCGCCAAUAGCGAUAAACAUGUACAGCAACGCGCUGUUGCAAAAACUAACUGGCGUCGAGGACGCUUGGAUCUCUACCACAAACGAACCGAUCAAUUUCCACGAGGCUUUUUGCGAUUACGAUGGUAUUUCUCUGAAGCUGACAGUAGUUCCCGUUUAUAUCUUCUUGUUCGCAUCGAGCUUCCUGUUUUUGUCCAGUCAGUUCAUUGCCCUGCCACUGGAAGAGCGGGUGAGCGGCAUAAAGCAGUUGCAGUUGAUGACUAAACUGUCCCCAAUGGUGUACUGGUCAACGUGCUUCAUUUGGGACUAUUUGUGCUACUCGAUUAUUGCUGUAAUCACUCUGGCGGUGGUGUAUCAAUACGACCGGUACGGCAUACUCACUAAUCCCAAAGAAAUUGGAUUGAUGGUCAAUAUGUUAGUGUUACUGUUCAAAGCAACACUGUCCGACCAUUGGAAGACGAUACGACUGUUAGUGUUGCUAAUACCGAAUUUUUCUUUUUCGCUGUGUAUCGCCGAGUUUGUGACCAUUACUUGGUUGAGAUACAAGUGCAUGAUUUGCCAAGAUCCGUUCUUCUUGAGACACUCGUGCGACGGUGUUGGUGUCAGAAGGAUCAUGUAUUUUGUUUAUGCUAACGAAGAUAACCCCAAUGGACUGCUGGAAGAGUUUUAUUGUAUGAUCGCUGGUGGUGUCAUCUCCAUGAUUAUCAUCAUGUUGGCAGAGUACAAAGUGUUCUCGGCGAUUCAUGCGAUUUUUGAAAACCUAUCUGUCGGAAAAGGAGGUCAAAAAGAAAGCACAAAGGACUCGGAGGUCCAAGCGGAGAAAAGCCGGGUCAAAGCCGCCAUGAAGAAAGACAGUGAAGAAUCGUGGGAAACACCGCCACCGCCUUUGAUUGUUAGCAACUUGACAAAAAAAUACAGUAUAUCGUUUACUGCAAUUCGGGGUGUCAGUUUUAUAGUUGAUAACGGCGAAUGCUUCGGUUUGCUCGGCACGAACGGUGCUGGCAAGUCAACCGCAUUUCGAAUAUUGACUGGCGAGACUUUCCCAUCAGACGGAGACGCCGUCAUCCAUACAGUACUUGUGUAUGAUUUGUCUUUUUCUCAGUACCUUAACAUGAUCGGGUACUGUCCACAAUCCGAGGCGAUCAACAGUUGGCUUACGGCCAAAGAGACGCUCACGAUGAUGGCUUUAUUGAGAGGAUUGCCCGUUCGAGACGCCAAGGCGGAAACGGACAUGUGGAUUAGACGAUUAGGUGUUUAAGAGUACAAAGAUAGACUCGCCGACACGUACAACAAUGGCAACAAGAGGAAGCUAAACGUCGGCAUGGCGUUGAUCGGAGACCCUCCUGUUGUCUUUCUGGACGAGCCCACCAGUGGAGUAGAUCCCACAACGAAACGCAAUUUAUGGAGAAUAUUGGCAGGAAAGCGAAGGACCGGUCAAGCUUUCGUGCUUACGUCUCACAGUAUGGAAGAAUGCGAAGCGCUAUGCGAUAGGCUGACCAUAGUGGUGAACGGCGAGAUGAAAUGCAUUGGGGACGUGGAAUACUUGAAAACCAAAUACGGUCAGGGAUACACGGUCAUAGUAAAAUUGACGGAAAUCAGUGACCUGAACUUGAGCGAACUCGAAACGAAAGUGCUGGCGCAAUACUCGCCGAAAAUCAUUUUAAAAGACAAACACAUCGGUUUGUUGCAUUAUCACAUUUCCGACAGUGCAGUAAAGUUGUCCGAAAUCUUCGGUUUCAUGGACAGUGUCAAAGAGAAUUUUGUGGGCGUCGAGGAUUACACCAUCAGCGACACGUCCCUUGAACAAGUGUUUAUGUCGAUCGCCAAAGGAAAGGCCAUUGCCAGUCGAGACCUAUGAGAAACAAACGGUAUUGAUUUAUGCACAUUGACGUUGUAUACUGCUG